AUGGGUUUGCGGACUCUUCCGGUCCUUUCGUCGUCGCGACUCGUCAGCAUGCUCAUGCUUUUGAACGUUGUCACAAUAUUACAUUAUUUCCAGGCACAAACGCACCUUUACGAUGCGGAGGCCUCCCGGUACUUUACCGAGUCCUCCGGGACGCUGCAAACCCACAGUGCUCCUUCGGACGGCAUCACCAACGCCAGACUGACAGUUGUAAAUUACGCCCCGCGCGUCAAACUCACCAAGCCCGUCCAGACACGCUCGGAUGAACGGAAAUUCCUGAGUUACUUUUACCUGAAAGAAGCGGGCAAGCAUCCCUUCCAAGGUGCCCUGGAUGCCCAAGGCCGGUCUGGUUUCCACUACGACGUCACCAGUUUACGACGGAGCCCGCCCUCCUUCGUAGACAGCUUUCCCAAUCUCACGGCCGAGUGUCUCCGGCGCGAUGACGAAUACUACGCACUCCAAAGACUUCGGAUUCAUUCGCCGUCACCAGAACAAUCAACUACCGCCACUCGACGACUAUCGCAAUCGUCUACUCCGGCGAGAAUACUCUGUGUCGUCUACAGCAGCGAGCCCUUUCACCACAAGCUGCAGGCCGCUCGACAGACCUGGGCUCCCAAGUGUGACGGCUUCUUCGCUGCGUCCAACGUAACCGAUCCCACCUUUGAUGCGGUCAACAUUGUCCACAAUGGUCCGGAACAGUACAACAAUAUGUGGCAGAAGGUACGCUCCAUUUGGGCUACGCUGUACGAGUUGUACUAUGAGGAUUUUGACUGGUUCCAUCUUGGCGGUGACGAUAUGUGGCUUCUAGUCGAGAAUUUGCGUAUGUAUUUGGAAAGUGACGAGAUUCAAGCCGCUGCCAACGGAGGCUUUUCCGACACGUUACCACUAGGGGUGCAAUCGGGCAACAAUAACAGUACUCGGAUACAACCAGACCAGGUGCCCUUGUAUCUGGGGAGCCGUCUUGCCUUUCGGAAGAAUAUACGAACCUUGUACAACACGGGCGGACCGGGAUACACUCUCAACAAGGCGGCGUUGAAGCUCCUCGUGACGGAAGGAUUGCCCGUCAUGCACAGUCAGCUACGAACCUCUGCCGAGGAUUUGCGAGUAGCCGAGGUUUUCCGACGAUUCCGCGUCUUGCCGUACCCGACACACGAUCGCGACGGAGCGUCGCGUUCCAUGGUAUAA